GUUUCAGUGGGAAGGAUCCAGGAGUAGCGCCUUAGCAGUGCAGCAGUACAGCAGUGGCACAGGGCACUGCUCAAGUCACUGGUACAAGGGCAGGUGUUUGGCCCCUUCCUCUUCCUCGCUGACCUCUGUCCCCGCGUCUGCGGCCCUGCACGCACUCGGGAUGGCUUUAAUAGUUCACCUGAAGACGGUCACUGAUCUGCGCGGAAAGGGGGAUCGCAUCGCCAAAGUAGCAUUCAGAGGGCUAUCAUUUUAUACAAGAGUUCUUGAAAACUGUGAAGAUGAAGCUAGAUUUGAUGAGACAUUUCGUUGGCCUAUUGCAAGCAACAUUGAUGGAAAUGAGAUGCUGGAAAUUCAGGUCUUCAACUACAGUAAAGUCUUCACUAACAGACUCAUCGGGACAUUCCGUAUGGUGCUACAGAAGGUGGUGGAGGAGGCACAGUUGGAAGUUACAGACACCCUCAUAGAUGACAACAACAGUUCCAUUAGGACUAGUGUUACAAUUGAAAUUAAAUACCAAACUAUGGAUGGAACAGUGGGAGCAUGGAAUGAUGGAGAAUUCCUGGAAGGCCCAAACCAGCACUCUGAAAAUGAUGGCAGUUUUCAUUUUGAAACGGACAGCUUGCUCUCUGGUCACAGUCAAAGUUCUGGUGUUUCCCCAGGCAGAUCACAUCAAAGCUUGCACUCAGGGGAAAGAACUUUCAGAAAAGCAGGAAAAGGAGUUUUUUCAGCCAUGAAACUUAGUAAGACACGUCCACCUAAAGAAGACAAAAAUAAAGAUGAGCCAGCAGUUUUGGAAACAGAAGACUUGGACAGAAAGGCAAUUCGACUUGGAGGAGGUUUGGAUCCAGAUACUAUCUCACUGGCCUCGGUCACAGCUCUCACUACCAAUGUAUCCAACAAGAGAUCAAAACCUGAUAUCAAAAUGGAGCCCAGUGCUGGCAGACCAAUGGAUUACCAAGUGAGCAUAACAAUCAUUGAGGCCCGACAGCUGGUGGGGUUAAAUAUGGAUCCAGUCAUUUGUGUGGAGAUUGGAGAUGAUAAGAAGUAUACCUCAACAAAGGAGUCAACAAACUGCCCAUACUACAAUGAAUACUUUGUCUUCGAAUUCCACGUGCCUCCAGAUGUUAUGUUUGAUAAAAUCAUCAAGCUUUCAGUAAUUCACUCCAAAAACCUUCUUCGCAGUGGAACUUUGGUGGGAUCCUUUAAGCUUGACGUUGGCACCGUGUAUUCACAAGCUGAACACCAGUUCUACCACAAAUGGGCAAUUUUGUCAGAUCCUGAUGACAUCACAGCAGGGGUAAAAGGUUAUCUAAAGUGUGACAUAGCGGUUGUUGGGAAAGGAGACAACAUUAAAACACCACACAAAGCCAAUGAAAAAGAUGAUGAUGAUAUUGAAGGAAACCUCCUUUUGCCGGACGGAGUUCCAUCAGAGAGACAAUGGGCACGUUUUUAUGUAAAAAUCUACAAAGCUGAAGGUCUUCCAAGAAUGAACACCAGCAUCAUGGCCAAUGUGAAAAAAGCACUUAUUGGAGAAAACAAGGACUUGGUUGACCCUUAUGUACAAGUGCAGUUUGCAGGGCAAAAGGGAAAGACAUCAGUGCAGAAGAGCAGUUAUGAACCUACGUGGAAUGAGCAAAUUAUUUUCACAGACAUGUUCCCACCACUUUGCAAAAGGAUGAAAAUCCAAAUCAGAGACUCAGAUAAAGUGAAUGACGUGGCCAUUGGAACACAUUUUGUUGACUUGAGAAAAAUUUCAAAUGAAGGUGAUAAAGGGUUUCUGCCAACACUGGGCCCUGCCUGGGUGAAUAUGUAUGGCUCAACAAGGAACUAUACAUUAAUGGAUGAACAUCAGGACCUAAAUGAAGGCCUUGGAGAAGGUGUUUCAUUUAGAGCAAGGCUGCUGCUCAGUAUUGCUGUGGAGAUCCUGGAUACUAGUUCUACUGACAUCACAAGCUCUACUGAGGUCCAGGUGGAGGCAGUUCCCCAAGUAUCUGAAAAUUGUACAGGAAAAAUGGAGGAGUUCUUCCUUUUUGGAGCUUUUCUCGAAGCCACCAUGAUUGACAGGAAAAUUGGGGAUAAGCCUAUAAACUUUGAAGUCACAAUAGGUAACUAUGGAAACCAGCUUGAUGGUAUAACCAAACCAAACAUUACAAAGAAGAAAGAAGGAGGGGAAGGUGAUGAAGAGGAGUCAGAGCUCCUUCAAAACUCAAGUGAAGAUGAAGCUGAUGAUGAUGGAGAUAUGGUCUCAGUUUCUGCCACACCACCAAUGAAACCUGUUGUUACAGAAAGGAAUUACUUCCAUUUGCCAUAUUUUGAAAAGAAGCCCUGCAUCUACAUAAAAAGCUGGUGGCAAGACCAAAGGAGGAGACUCUACAAUGCCAUAAUAAUGGACAAGAUUGCUGAUAAACUGGAGGAAGGGCUGAAUGAUGUUAAUGAGAUGAUCAAAACUGAAAAGCCAUAUCCUGAGAGACGUCUUCGAGGUGUUUUAGAGGAGUUGAGCAGUGGAUGCAGUCGUUUUGUGACCCUGGCAAACAAAGAUCAAAACCAGCCUGGGAGGACGAAGCUUGAUCGUGAGAGACUAAAGUCUUGUAUGAGGGAAAUGGAAAACAUGGCACAACAAGCUAAGACCUUGAGAUCUCAGGUGAAAAAGAAUACUGUAAAAGAUAAGUUAAAACUGGUGAUGAACUUCCUACAAAAACUACGCUUCCUUGCUGAUGAGCCUCAGCACAGUAUCCCAGAAGUUUUCAUCUGGAUGAUGAGCAAUAACAAACGAAUAGCAUAUGCUCGUAUUCCCUCCAAGGAUAUUCUGUACUCCAUUGUCGAUGAAGAAACAGGCAAAGACUGUGGGAAGGUGAAAACUGUUUUCCUGAAGUUGCCUGGAAAGCGAGGGUUUGGCCCAGCAGGCUGGACGGUGCAGGCUAAAAUGGAGGUAUAUAUGUGGCUUGGAUUGAACAAACAACGUAAAGAUUUCCUUAAUGGCCUGCCAUCUGGCUUUGAAGAGAAUAAAGCAGUCAAAGGCCCAGGAUUACAGUCUUUCCCACCCAUCAGCCUGACAUACAUAAAAAAACAACUGUUCCAGCUCAGAGUGCACAUGUAUCAAGCUAGAAGCCUAUUUGCAGCAGACAGCAGUGGGCUGUCUGAUCCUUUUGCUCGAGUUUUCUUCUCUUCUCACAGUCAGUGUACAGAGGUUUUGAAUGAAACUCUGUGCCCUACUUGGGACCAGCUGCUGGUGUUUGAUGAUGUGGAACUCUAUGGUGAAGUUCAGGAGCUCCGUGAUGACCCUCCAAUCAUUGUUAUUGAGAUAUAUGACCAGGACACUGUGGGUAAAGCUGAAUUUAUGGGUAGAACAUUUGCCAAACCUGUGGUAAAAAUGUCAGAUGAAAAGUAUUGCACACCUCGGUUCCCGCCACAACUGGAGUACUACCAGAUAUACCGUGGCAAUGCUACAGCUGGUGACCUGCUGGCAGCAUUUGAACUAUUGCAGAUUGGUCCGGCAGGAAAGUCUGAUCUGCCUGCAAUUGAUGGCCCAACAGACAUGGAACGUGGCCCCAUACUUCCUGUACCCCUAGGAAUUAGACCUGUUCUCAGCAAAUACAGAGUGGAGAUCCUAUUCUGGGGUCUGCGGGAUUUGAAAAGAGUAAAUCUUGCUCAGGUUGAUAGACCAAGGGUGGACAUUGAAUGUGCUGGAAAAGGAGUUCAGUCUGCACUUAUCCAGAAUUACAAAAAGAACCCCAACUUCAGCACCUUGGUAAAAUGGUUUGAAGUGGAUCUACCAGAAAAUGAAUUGCUUCAUCCUCCACUCAAUGUCCGUGUUGUAGAUUGUCGUGCUUUUGGCAGGUACACACUUGUAGGAUCCCAUGCUGUCAGCUCUUUGAGAAAAUUUAUUUACAGGCCUCCUGACAAGAAAUCUCAAAACUGGAAUACUACAGUUAAACUGAUUAAUGGCUAUAUGAACCUGGCAAAUGGAGGAACCCACUCUCGUCCCACAGGUGAAAUUCUAGUCAAUGUUGAACCUGAGGUGCCAGUCAAGAAAAUGGACACUGUUGUCAAACUGGAUGCUGGAUCUGAUGCAGUUGUUAAAGUUGAUGUGACAGAUGAAGAGAAAGACAAAAAGAAAAAGAAGAAAAAAGGAGGUGAAGAGAUAGAAGAAGAAGAGCCAGAUGAAAGCAUGCUAGACUGGUGGUCCAAAUACUUUGCUUCCAUUGAAACUCUGAAAGAGCAUCUUCGACAACAAGAGGCCGCAGCUGCUGAAGCUGAAGAAAAAGAUGACUUGGACACUGCAGACGAAACCAAAACUGAUGAAUCUCCCAUAAAAGGAUCCAAAGGCCAGCAGUCCAAGGGAAAAGAGAAGGCCAAACCUUCCAAAGAGGACAAGAAGAAGAAGCAACAAAUAAAUGAGGCAUUGGAUAAGAAGAACAAACAGAAAAUUGAUGAACUAAAGGUGUAUGAUAAAGAGCUUGAGAUUGAGUUUGACAACUUUGAAGACUGGCUGCACACUUUUAACCUCUACAGAGGGAAAAUUGGAGAUGAUGAUGAUAACACAGCUGAUGAAGACAGAAUUGUGGGACGCUUUAAGGGUUCCAUGUGUGUGUACAAGAUGCCUCUUCCAGAGGAUGUGACCAAAGAAGCAGGAUUUGACCCUAACUUUGGAAUGUUCCAGGGAAUUCCAAGUAAUGAUCCUAUCAAUGUGUUAGUUCGGGUAUAUGUUGUUAGAGCUACAGACCUACAUCCUGCAGAUAUAAAUGGGAAAGCUGAUCCAUACAUAGUCAUUAAAUUAGGGAAAACUGAAAUCAAAGACAAAGAAAAUUACAUUUCAAAACAACUGAACCCUGUAUUUGGCAAAUCUUUUGAUAUCGAAGCCACUUUUCCCAUGGAAUCAAUGUUAACAGUGUCUAUCUUCGAUUGGGAUUUAGUAGGCACUGAUGAUCUCAUUGGAGAAACUAAGAUAGAUCUGGAAAAUCGUUACUACAGCAAACACAGAGCCACCUGUGGGAUCUCUCAAACAUAUGCCAUCCAUGGUUAUAACAUGUGGCGAGAUCCUAUGAAACCUACGCAGAUUCUGUCAAAACUCAGCAAAGAUGGCAAACUUGAUGGACCUCAUUUUGGGCCAGGAGGAAGAGUAAAAGUAGCCAACAGGGUGUUUACAGGAUCUAUUGAAAUAGAAGAUGAAAACGGUCAGAAGAAACAGACAGAUGAACAUUUGGCUUUGACAGUUCUUCACCAUUGGGAGGAGAUACCUCGUGCUGGCUGUAAACUGGUAACUGAACAUGUGGAGACCAGGCCCUUGCUGAAUCCUGAAAAGCCAGGAAUAGAACAGGGCCGUAUUGAGAUGUGGGUUGACAUGUUCCCAAUGGAUAUGCCAGCACCUGGAGCAGCCAUUGAUAUUUCUCCUCGAAAGCCAAAAAGAUACGAGCUUAGAGUGAUAAUUUGGAAUACAGAUGAGGUAAUUCUGGAAGAUGAUGAUUACUUCACAGGAGAGAAAUCUAGUGACAUUUUUGUGAGGGGCUGGCUGAAGGGGCAGCAGGAAGACAAGCAGGACACUGACGUCCAUUACCAUUCGCUCACCGGAGAAGGGAACUUUAAUUGGCGUUUCAUCUUCCCCUUUGACUACCUGAUGGCUGAGGAAAAGAUUGUCAUCUCUAAGAAGGAGUCCAUGUUUUCUUGGGAUGAGACAGAAUACAAAAUCCCUGCCCGUUUGACCCUGCAAGUCUGGGAUGCAGAUCACUUCUCAGCUGAUGACUUUUUAGGUGCAAUCGAGCUUGACCUGAACCGCUUCCCACGUGGUGCUAAGACAUCAAAGCAAUGCUCAAUUGAUAUGGUGACCAGCGAAGUGGAGCUUCCUACAGUCUCCAUUUUCAAACAGAAGAGAGUAAAGGGUUGGUGGCCCUUCGUGGCUCGAAACGAGAACGAUGAACUGGAACUAACAGGCAAAGUUGAAGCAGAGCUGCAUCUCCUCACAGCAGAAGAGGCAGAAAAGAGCCCCGCCGGUCUGGCACGCAAUGAACCAGACCCAUUGGAGAAGCCAAAUCGACCAGAUACUUCCUUCAUAUGGUUCCUCAACCCGCUUAAGUCCAUCAAGUAUCUCAUCUGUAAUCGUUACAAGUGGCUCAUCAUUAAGAUUGUGUUAGCAUUGUUGUUGCUGGUCAUGGUGGGCCUCUUCCUUUACAGCAUGCCUGGCUACAUGGUCAAGAAGCUACUUGGAGCAUGAGGCAUUAUCUUCACUUUUGGCACUUUAAAAAACACUGCCCAGAAGUACACUAAACUCUUAACACAAUCUAAUGCAACAAUUAUAGGUAACAGUAUAUGGAGUAUUUACUAUUUUUUGUAAAAUCUGCUGUUCUAAAUCAGAUUACUUUAAAUCACGUGUUACUGUGAUUUGGAAGAAAUCACAAACACUUAAAAUACAGAGCAUUUAGGCACCAAAAAUUAGGUCAAUAGUAUGAUCUAUAACGAGAAGCUCCAGGUUACAAAUACGAGUCACUGAAGUCUGAAGAUGUCAGCAUUAUACAAGCACAUACCUUUUCACUUUAUUCAAAUGAUGAAUUUUCUUGUAAUCUAGACAAAUUCCAUACUGUGCAAUACUUGUAUAUGUGGUUAAGAGAUAUAUAUCAUUGAAUCUUGAGAACAAAAGUAUGCAACAAAAAGCAUGCCUAAAAAGAAUAAAUCAAAAAAUACAUAAGCAGUGCUUAGAUGGGACCACCAGACAGUGAAAUCAAUGGUCUGCAGUAAAUAGCUACAAUUCUUGUAGUUGUUGUUUACUAACUGUAGUUAAUUAAUUGCUGUUUACAAUAUCUGUACCCAUUUUGUGAUACAGCAAUAGCUCAUUUAAAGAACAAAUAUAACAAAGAUUGUGUAACUGCACUGGAACACUACAAUAUAGCAUUUAACUGCAUUAACUUCAGUUUUGGUUUGGAAUUCAGUUCCAGAAUUGUUUUGGUUUUAAAAAGUAGUUAUAUAUAGUUUUUACAAUUUUUGAUUUUGCUUUCAGUUCUGAGUUAUUUUAAAAUUUGGUUUGCACUGGCAUUAAUAUUGUAAGAUGUUAUAGUUUGGUAUGUGUUUAUUUUGUGUGCAUAUUCAUUUUAUUUGUCUGUAAUAAAUGAAUGCCCUGUCUUAACAGUCGUCCAAAUACAAACCUGAUGUGGAUGCUGCGACCAGUACACAUUGCCUGUGUAUUAAUAUGGAGACACUACAGGUAUUACUUCCUAGGACU